AUGAUGGGCAGCACCACAGAUUUACGUCAAUUGAGUCAGAUUGGCACCUCAAUAUACGGUGACCGACUCUCAACCACAACGGAGUCUCAAGACAGACUAAACAACCCCAACAAGACACACCCAGAAAUUGCGAACGUCGUUUCCACAUUCCAACUCAACCAACAACUUGACCUCCGUCAAAUCGUAAAAAGCGCAAUAUCAAGUCUAAAAUCAACAGCACUCAUUUUAAAAACUGGAAAGAUUGUGUGCACAGGAACUCGAUCGAUUGAGGAGAGCAAGAUUGCUGCAAAAACCAUAAAGAAAAUCGGGUACAAUGAGGUACGUUUUUCAAACUUCAACGUUCACACCAUCAGAUCUUGUGACAUCAAAUUCCAAAUCUCGCUCCGUCCUUUGUAUGACAGCAACACCGAUAUGUGUCAGUACGAACCAGAGGUGUUCCCGGUUCUUGUUUUCAGAACGACGCAACCAAAAGUGACACUUCUUGUCUUCUCAACCGGAAAGGUUGUGUUGACUGGUGCUAAGGACGACGAAAAUCUGAACACAGCAUACACCAAGAUAUGCCCAAUCCUCUUAGCAAACAAGAAAGAGGAAAUAGGAAACCCAUAA